GUUACGUUGUUCGUCCUAGCAAGCAGCUAGUUGUAGUCAGUUUCCUGACUUCGGAAGGGGCAGUUAGACGAGGAGGCCACUAUGGUGCUGAACCCUGUCAUUUCCAAGCUUGCUGGUAAACUGGUUGUGCUGGCGAGUGCUUCACCUAGGAGACUGGAGAUUCUCCACAAUGCGGGCUUACGGUUUGAGGUGGUACCAUCCUGGUUCAAAGAAACUCUCGACAAGGGACUUUUCAAAGCACCUCAUGAGUAUGCUGUUGAGACAGCCAAACAGAAGGCCCUGGAGGUGGCCAGGAGGAUGCCUUUUAAACAUCUGAAGACUCCAGACAUAGUAAUCGGAGCAGACACUAUAGUGACUGUAGAUGGCAUGAUUCUGGAGAAGCCUGUAGACAAACAUGAUGCUUACAGGAUGCUGUCGAGGUUGAGUGGUAAAGAGCACAGUGUAUUCACUGGUGUUGCUAUAGUCCUCUGCCACGAGAAGGAAAAUGAAGAAGUGGAUUACCAGUUAAUUGACUUCUACGAAGAAACAAAGGUGAAGUUUGCUGAUCUCUCAGAAAAUAUGCUGUGGGAGUACAUCAAUAGCGGUGAACCCAUGGACAAGGCUGGCGGCUAUGGUAUUCAGGCUCUCGGGGGUAUGCUUGUGGAGUACGUCCACGGAGACUUCCUCAAUGUUGUGGGUUUCCCCCUCAACCACUUCUGCAAACAACUGGACCUUAUUUACAACCGUAGCACUUCCUUGUCGGAUCAGAAAAGUGAAUCUGUCUGCCUGAGCCACAAUGGUACUCACGCCACCACGAUACUCACUCAGCCCCCGAACAACCUCCCAGCUCAGUCAAGCCACAGUCCGAAACACAACCUCUCAUCCAGCCCCAGACCUAACAGCCCGUCUGCCAGUCAAACACACCACACCCAGAACAGCCCCUCAGCCAGUCCUGUUCAUAAGGUGCAAAAGACCAGUGAAAGUGAAGUGGGUGAAAGUUUAUGGACAUUGGUCAAUAGCCUGUCUAAGCAUACAGACAAGUUCUGCGACGGUGAGAAUACAACAUUACCACUGAUGACCAGCAGAGGGCAAGUGAUUGAGCUCAAUGUGACAGAGUGUGAGAACAGUGAACCAAAAAAAGAGGACUUGCAGCAAAUCAUUGAACUGAUGGAUGGAUUCAAAGCCUCAAAGGCACUAUUUACCGCAUCCAAGAUGUGUGUGUUUGACCUGCUACAAAGCAGACCCGGGCUGGAUGCAGCACAGGUGGCCCAGGAGAUCAAAGCCUCUGCAAAGGGGACUGAAUGCCUGCUGGAAGCCUGUGUGUCUCUGGGACUGUUGAAGCUCAAAGAGAGAACAUACCAGACGCCAGUGUACGAGAACACAGAUCUGGCCACGCGCUUUCUGCUGUCAGAUGCUCCUUUUUCGCUGCAGGGCUACAUCCGGCAUUGUAACGACACAGUGUGGCCUCUUUUCUCCCACCUUGAGAGUGCUGUGCAGGAGGGAACGAACCAGCACGAGAAGGCUUUCGGCAAGAAAUCUAAGGAUAUGUUUCAGGAUACCUUCUACAACAAUCAAGCAGUCAAACUGAGAUUCAUGAAUGCCAUGCAUAGCAUUGCUAAAGUUACAGGAAAAGCUGUAGCAACGGCCUUUGAUCUCUGCAGUUUUAAAACUGCUUGCGACCUUGGAGGAUGCACUGGUGCCAUGGCCUAUGAGUUUACUAAAGCCCAUCCUGCGUUGUCUGUGACAGUGUUUGACUUGCCGGCUGUCAUUGAGAUGCGUGAGCAUUUCCAUCCUCUGCAAAAAGACAACAGGGUAUCAUUUGUAGCAGGAGACUUCUUUAAAGAUGAGUUGCCCAAAGCAGAGUUGUACAUCCUGGCAAGAAUUCUGCAUGACUGGCCUGAUGAGAAAGUGCAUCUUCUGCUGAGUAAAAUUGCACACGCGUGCACACCAGGAUGUGCACUGCUCAUAGCUGAGACCAUGUUGGAUGGACAGACAGCCUACUCUGCUCUGCAGUCUCUGAACAUGCUUGCCCAGACUGAGGGGACAGAGAGGACAGAACGCCAGUAUACGGACUUGCUGAGCAAACAUGGAUUUGGUGACAUGCGUGUGGUUCACACUAUGAACUUCCUUGAUGCUUUUAUUGCCAUUAAAAUGUAGCAUGUGAAUCAUGCACACUAAUCCUUAUGUUUUUCAUUCAUUUGAUUAUGACAGACGGUCUUUGUUCAUAUCUUGGCCCGUUGAUUGGUGGUGGAAGAAAUAAUGAGAUUCUUUUCUUGAGUAAAAGUAGUAAUACCACAUCAGAUAAUGGAACAAUGACAUACAUAAUGUGCAAUUAUUUCAUUAUUAUUUCAUUCUCAAUUUACAGUAUGAUCAUUUUAUAGAAUAGGAUGCAUUGCUGUAGAUUAAACUACCCAACAGUAUAUAAAGUAGUUAAAAUGAGCUCAACCUUAAACAUCUACAACAGUAAAAUGCACAAUCUAAAAACUAGUAUAAUCACACCAUCACUGUAGUAUUUACUUUCAAUUUCUCAAUUUUGAUAACUUUAUAUUCUAUUCUGAUGCAUGUUUGAUGUUAAAAAUGAUUCAUAAUCUUACACCCCCUCCUCUCAGAGGAUGUCUGGCCUAUCCCGGCAGAGGCAGUGCUGGUAGGACUAGAGCAUCUACUCAGGGUGAGUGGUUACAGCAGUUCAGGAAGACGGCCUUUGGUCAAUCUGAGUAUCUAAUGUUACCAACAAACAUUAAAAUCAGCCUCAAACUCUGGCUAAAGUCAAUACAAAAAUCAAUCAUCAUCAAUGAUUGUGUUUACUGUAUUGUAUUGAUUCUAUUUAUUAUCUCACACUGAUAGAAUUUGAUGUAUUUUCCUGCUUUAUGUAUUCAUUUACUGUUCUGUGGCCUUUUUGUGUCAGAUGCAAAGAGCUGUUAGCUAACUGGUGCAGUUGCUUUUUAAUUGCUGUCACGAAAAAUAAAUAAAAUGAAGAUAUAAUAGGAAAAAACUGACAGGGAACAUUUUCUUGCACUAUGCCUGAAUGAAUAUACUUACAUACCUUUACCUCAGUAAGUUUUAGAAUGAAGACUUGUAAUAGAGCAUUUUCAAUGUGGGGACCAGUGUGUAGGAUUUAGUGGCAUCUAGUGGUGAAGUUGCAGAUUGCAAACAACUAAAUACCCUAUAGCUUUACUUUAAAUGCUGAACUGCAGUCGGCACCUGUAAAAGCAUGCAAGGCCAGCAUGAUGUGUGACUGAUCAAGUUACAAAAUCAGGAUUCAAAGUUCAUGCUGAUCUUUGCUGCAGUGGGGAACUCUUAGGACCUUGAUGAGCUUGUGUUCAGUGGUACUGAAGAGUUCACCUGUUGCCUCUAUGGUUUUGGUCCUUGAGUAAUGCAAAUUGAUGAAGUAAGAGAGAUUAAGGUCAAGAAUAUUUGUGCCUCAAGGCUCGAGCUUCGACCAGGUCUCUCCAUUGAUCUUUCCACCUGUACACCUUACAAGAGGGUCCACUUGUAGCACAGUCAACCUCCAGUAUGUAUCUGAAAAAGGGCUUAAGAAUACUACCCAGAAAUUCCAUCCCCUCUUAAGCAUGGAUUUCAUGUCAACUCUGAAAAAGGACGAGAAUGAUCUAGUUCAGAGCAGGGACGCUGGAAGUCAGUCAGAGUUGGGGUUGCUGAGAGAAACUCUGUCUAUUUACUAAUGCUAUGCAACAAAUAAAUCUGCCAAACCUCAAAAAAGUAGAGCGGCCUCUAGUUGCCAGAUUUAUAUCAUAACCUAGAUCUAGGUCACACGUGGUUUAGUGGUUAUCACAAAGGGAUUUUCUAUCACUGAGUAAACCAAUAACCCCUGACUGACAAGUGACAUAUUUUAUGGAUAUGUCAUAUUCAAUACAAUAACAGUAGAUACACACACAAGAAAUUCCGAUGAAUUGACCAGAUUAUUAUGUGAAUAUUGCAUCAGAGUUUUAUUGAUAUUUUGAGGAAUUUCGGAAAAAUUCUCUCUCUAUAUUAUAUAUUUUACUUAUUAGUGUUUUUGGCAAAUUCAGUGUUUUCUUCUCAUUGUUCUAUUACCUCUAUGGUUGUUUGACUUUCCUAAUGCAGGACGAGGCUGUUUAUCAGACAGUGAAGGCUCUGUGAAUAUUCAGGUCUCUAAAGUUUAUAUCCAUCAUAAAAAUCUAAACUUUAAAAAUAACAAUUUGAUUUGCUUUUCUUCACAGAAAUGAACCAAAUGCUGAUAUAGACCUACUGUAUAUAUUUUUGAAAGUUUUUUUCUAUCCCUGAAAAUCAAAAAGGCCUUACAUGUGCUCCUGUUGGAACUACUUUAUUGACACAAUGACAAUAAGUGAAACUGCUCUCAGUGAAUGUAUAAAAUUCUCAGUGUAUAUUCUUAGUUUAAUGAUAUUUUUCAUUAAACUCAUCAUUUCAAGAGAAAAUACUUCAAAUUAGAAGAACUCUUGCUUUUAAGUUCUGAACUGAUAUGAAAAUAAGAUAAAAUAUAUGAGAAAAGAUUAGUUGAUUCCACUAAAUUCCUGCAUGAUUUCUAUUUGAUUUCCCGAUACAGUAAGCUGCCUAUCUAUGAUACAUUUAAAAGCAAAGAAUAUUUCUGUGAUUGUCUGGUGUGUAGCUUGCUCAUUUGAAAAACACAGGCUGUGGUCAGCUGGAUCAUAUCUGUGGUUAGAAGAGUACCUCCUGCCUCUUAAACACUCUGGAGUGUCAUGUUAUUAUGAUGCAAUCACGAUGCAAUGGGAGAAAGAUGAUUAAAGAAGCAAUAAUCAAAUCUAAGCAGCGCUAUCGCCAAAGCAGGAUGUCAUUUGUACACUGUCUGCCCAGCGGACAUGACAUCACAUUGAUUUCAACUUGGAGGAAGAGUGCCAGUGAUUAGGGAGACUCAGCCUUCUUCAAUCGGACCCUGUCAAAAUACUCUGAGGCAUGGGUGGGGCCUUUAUCUUGGUGAUGGGUUCAGUACAUUUUUCUAAAUCGACCCUCAUUUCCCUGCUCCCCACACAAGUGUUAUUUAAGCUUCUUUAGCCUUCUCUUGUCCUCCAAAAGCUAAAGUUUUGCUUGCAGUUUAAGUCACACUAACCAAUGGAGAAAUCCAUCAGAGCACUGUUUAAACUCAGCAUACAUUAUUGCUCCAUUUGGUCUGUGUGACCAUGACUUGUUUGCAAAGAAUGAUCAAACUCUGACUCCUUAUCCCCUGACGUUAAUCUAUCCCAUAUUAAAGC